AUGCGGUGAAAUCGCUGGUUUAAAGGUAUUACGUAUAAUUAAUGAAGCAACCGCGGCAGCUAUUGCUUAUGGUUUAAAUAAGAAAGCCUGUGGUGAACGAAACGUUCUUGUCUAUGAUUUAGGUGAAUUUGAAAAUCAAUCAGAAAUACUUAUUAACGUUUAUGAAGGAGAAAAUGCCCGUAUAAAGGAUAACAACUUGCUCGGAAAAUUCGAAUUGACUAGAAUUCCAUCAGCACAAAAGGUGUCCGCUGUUGAUAAAAAACUGGAAGAUCGAAGAAAACCAUCACGAAUAACAAAUCGUGAAGUUGAUGAGAAAGCUGUGCAAGCAAUACAGGCACGAAAUAGAUUGGAAAUUUAUGCAUCUAACUUACUUAACACUCUUGAAGACGAGAGAUUUCCGAUUAAUCUACUUAAAGAUGCAAUUCUAGCAUCCUUACAUGACUUGAAAAUAACCAAGAGGCAAACUUUUAAUGGCGGCACAACCGUUGGUUUCAGUCAAAGUGGUCCACCUAAUGGUGAAAGUGAUUAUCAUCCAUUGGGAGGACGUCAGUAA